AUGAUCACCCCGAGACUACUUGAUUGUUCCGAAUCAAUUUGUUUUUCUUCGUUUUCUGAAAGUCAAUAUAGAACAAAACGAUGUGUAAAUUCGUUGACCGAAUCGGACUAUCCUCUCUAUUGUGAAACUGCUAAUUCCUAUCACAGUUGGUUUUUGACUUCUGAAUUAUUAGAAAACAACGUUUUUAAUAUUAAACAAAGAAGUGGCACUUUGCCACUUAAAUUGACUCCCAAAUUAUUUUCUUCGUAUAGUUCUAAUAACUUUUUAGAUCUUACUUCUGUGCCAAGAAUUACAUUGGAAGAAUGUGAUCUGUUGCAACGAACAAACAAAAUAGUUUAUUAUACUGAUUGCAGAUUUCCUUAUGAAUAUGAAGAAGGAAAUGUACCCGGUUAUUUAAAUUUAUGGAACGAACAACUAUUUGCAGACUUUUUUGAGUCAAAAAAGUUUGAUUUGGAUAUUACUGCUUUUGUAUUUUAUUGUGAAUUCUCAGACAAACGAGCACCAUUUAUUAUUCAAUCGAUUAGAACUUUGGGGCUUCAUUCUGGUGACUUCAUACCACGACUCUUUGUCCUUGAUAGUGGAUUCUAUGGAAUCUAUACUCAUUACAAAGAAGUAGUCGAAGGCAAGUAUCUUGAAAUGGUUUCCGACAGAUAUAAAAAAGAAAGAAAAAUGUACCAAACACUUACUCCACGUUCUACACCUUUGACUCCUAAAAGACCAAUCAUUCAACGAAGAUCGUCCACGUUUACUUUUUAA